UUCAAAUUUGUAUGGGUCUCCUCAAGCCUUUCAAGGUUCUUCUUCUUGAUGAGAUAACAGUUGACCUUGAUGUGUUAGGAAGGGCUGACCUUCUGAAUUUCCUUAGAAAGGAAUGUGAAGAGCGUGGUGCUACCAUUCUCUAUGCAACCCAUAUAUUUGAUGGUCUAGAGCUGUGGCCAUCACAUGUUGUGUAUGUGGCUCACGGAAAGUUGCAGUUAUCAAUGCCAAUGGAAAAGCUUAAGGAGAUCAGCAAUUUAUCACUUAUGAGAACAGUUGAAAGCUGGCUGAGGAAGGAAAGAGAUGAGGAGAGGAAGAGAAGAAAAGAGAGGAAGGCUAGUGGUCUUCCAGAAUUUGAGAAACAGGCUGAGGGAAGCCGUGUUACAGGGGACCCAGCCCGUGCUGCCGUGCGUGCGUUGAACAAUGGUUGGGCUGCAGGAAGGUUGCACUCCACCAUUGCAGGUGAAGAAAACUUUGUCUUCAGCUCAAACAGAGUUUUGAGACAAUAGAUAAACCCAGCACAAACAAAUUCUUUCAGCCGUGUGACGAUAAGCUUGGAGAUUUUCAUAACCCUUUGAAUUCCCAGUGUCAAAGUUUCACAAGAGAAACUUAAAAAGUUUUAUGUUUCUUUAGGAGUUAAACCCCAACUAAGGAGCGCCCGGGGAAGUUCAUUCAAGUAUACGUAAUGAAUACUUAAAUGUUGUAUUAUUAUUUCGAUUCUUUCCAAGCCUCAUCUGCUCAUCCUUUUAAUGUGAGCUUAUACUGUCAAAUGUCUCUCGUUAAUACUAUCCGGAUUCAUUCCCAAUAAAGAUGACAAUUAUAUAUAUUAAUGGGGGAAUAUCAUAUGAUCAAGAGGUGAGGGCUACAUGUUUGUUGCCUCUGCAGCCACUUCAGCUCUUACAAUACAAGUUUACCAUAGCUGGAUUCACCAUUAAUUAC